GUCAGCUCCUUUCUACCCUCUUCAUCCCACUUCUGAGAAAGAUAAAAUUAUUUGUGAGUGGCCUAGACAAUAUUUGACCUUUCUGAUGCUCCUUUUUGGCAUUUAAUGUCAUGAUGUUUAACUUUCAUGCCAAAGUAGGUUUUAAUUUGUUUGGGCUUCUUUCUUUUGUUUUUUGAGACUCUUUUCAAGAGUAAAGGAAAUAUUCAGCAUAAAAUAAUGUAGUAAGAAGAAUUUUCUCCCAUCUUCUCUACAGAGAAUCCCUUGUCAACCUAAUGAAGCAUUCAAAGAAGACAUCUGACUCUUUUCAAGAUGAACUUGAAGAUUAUAUCAAAGUGCAGAAAGCCAGAGGCUUAGAGCCAAAGACUUGUUUCAGAAAGAGGAGAGAGGAUUAUUUGGAAACCUGUGGAUACAAAGAAGAGAUUGAUUCUAGACCCAGGUGUAGAAUGUUUGAUCAAAGACUCCCUUAUGAACCCGUCCAGACCUACCGAAGAUCAUGCAAUAUUUCACCAGCAGUGGAGAAGCGGUUACCUCAGUGGCUACCAGCUCAUGACAGCAGGCUGAGACUAGACUCCCUGAGCUACUGUCAAUUCACCAGGGACUGUUUCUCAGGAAAACCAGUAGCCCUGAACUUUAGUCAACAAGAGUAUAGCUGUAGCUCAUACAGUGUAGAAUCUGGAGUUUACAGGCACCUCUCCUUAGAAAACAGUACCAGUGCCCAUCAAGCUAGUUAUAAACAGAUACACCAGAAGAGAAAAAGACACCCAGAGGAAGGCCGGGAAAAACCAGGAGAGGAGCGGCCUAAGCAUAAGAGGAAGAAAGCUUUUGAGGAGAUAGAUUUAGACAAAUACAAGAGCAUCCGAAGAAACAAAACAGAGGUGGAAACAGUCAGAGUCAGUACAGAAAAGCUUAAGAACCGAAAGGACAAAAAAAGCCGAGAUACAGCCUCUAAGAAAGAGGAACGUAAGCAUAGAAAAGAGAAAAAGGAACAAGGGAAAGAAAGGACAGAAGAGGAGAUCCUUUGGGACCAGUCUAUCCUUGGAUUUUAAAGCUCUUGCAUUGGUUCUCCUGAGGUUAAACUGAAAAAAUAGUUGAGGAGCUUGGUUUUACAAUGUCCAAGUUCAUAUCGCUCUUUUCAUGUGAACAGGUACAAAGGCUAAGUGCACAGAAAACAUUUAGUGUACUUGCUCUCCAACAUGGGAAUUACUUUUCCUCUCUUCUAAAAUCAUUACUACAUUUUUCUUAUACAUAACGUAAUUUCCCUUAAUGAGGGUGGCUUUGCUUUUAUUCAUCAAAUUGCUAUGAUGGUGGAAGUAUUUUUCCCUUGGGAGGUCAUUUAUUUUAAAUUGGGGGAUUAAUAGGCUUUACAAAAUCUAUUUCUUGAUUGGGUUUUAGUUUGGGGUGGGUGUUUUUAUAUUAGUUUUCUCUGUGAAGCAGUUUAGAUUGAUUAUUUUUUUCCUUCGUUAGAUCUAACUUGCAGUAUAUUUUCUAGAUUGGAAAGUGGAAAAUGACAUACAUUAUAAUAAGCUUAAGUUACAUAUAGUUUUAAACGUUUCAAGAAGUCUUGAUACAAAAUCAGUUUAUAUUUUGGAAAUGUUUAUAAUAUAAUAAAGUUCUAAUUUCUACAAUUUUUCUUGUUAUCUGAUUUCUACAUUUCUGAACACACAGUGAUGUUUUCCUAUUCAAUGAAGAUUUUCUUCUGGAAGAGCAAUAACUGAGCAUAUAUCAACCCACUUUUUAGAGCAGAAAUAUGAACG